AUGUCUGGCCGUUUCGUGCGUUCAUCCAAGUACCGCCACGUCUUCGGACGACAGACCCGAAAGGAACAAUGUUAUGACAACCUUCGUGUAUCGCGAAAUGCCUGGGAUACCAACCUCGUCAAGGUCAACCCUAAAUAUUUGUCCGUGAACUGGGAAGCUGGUGGUGGAGGCGCUUUCGCUGUUAUACCCCUGGAAGAACGGGGCAAGCUCCCCGAGCGGAUACCCCUAUUCCGUGGCCACACCGCGGUCGUUCUUGAUACAGACUGGAACCCUUUCAACGAUGAUUUGAUUGCAUCUGGUUCCGAUGAUGGCAGGGUUUACCUCUGGAGGGUCCCCGAGGGAUUCACGACUUCUCCUGACGUAGAUGCCGACGAUAUCCAAGACGUUGCGCCCGUUGGCAAGCUCAGUGGUCAUCCCAAGAAGGUUGGGCACGUGCUCUUCAACCCCGCGGCUGAGAACAUCCUUGCGACGGCAUCCGGAGACUAUACCGUGAAGAUCUGGGAUAUCGAGGCCGGCGCGUCUAAGCUGACUUUGAAUGUCGGUGAUAUCGUGCAAUCGCAAUCAUGGAGCGCAAACGGCUCCCUUCUCGUUACGACUUCUCGCGACAAGAAGCUCCGCGUCUGGGAUGUACGUCAAGAGCGCCCUGCGCACGAAGGACCAGGUCAUACAGGAGCGAAGAACAGUCGUUCGGUGUGGCUGGGCGAGCGGGACAGGUUUGCUACAACUGGUUUCUCCAAGAUGAGUGAUCGCCAACUCGCCCUCUGGGAUAUCCGAUCCCCUCAACUGCCAAUUGAUGGGUUCAAAACUCUUGACUCUAUCUCCGGAGUUUGCAUGCCGUUCUGGGACGAUGGUACUCAGUGCCUGUAUUUGGCUGGUAGAGGUGAUGGCAACAUCCGAUACUUUGAGCUCGAAAACGACAAGUUCGAAUACUUGUCCGAAUACAAAUCCGCAGAUCCCCAACGCGGUAUUGCUUUCAUGCCCAAGCGCGGUGUAAACAUGCACGAAAACGAGGUUACACGCGCCUUCAAGACCGUCAACGAUACUUACAUCGAGCCGGUUUCUUUCAUUGUUCCUCGACGGGCCGAGACAUUCCAGGAUGACAUCUACCCACCUACCACUGGGUUGAAGCCUGCCAUGAGCGCCUCAGAGUGGUUUGUUGGCAAGGAAGCAAUCCCUCCUAAGAUUUCCAUGGGGAGCCUCUACGACGGCCAGGGCUUGAAGGAAGUAACUGGUGUCCAGGACAAGCCCACCUCUAGCUUGGGCACUGAGUCCAAGCCUGAGCCCAAGCCUGAGCCUAAGGCUGAACCGGAGGCGAAGCCCGCCUCUCCCGUAAAGAAGACCCCCGAGCCCACUCCGGAGCCAACACCUGUCGCCAGGCCAGCACCAUCCAUGAAGGAACAGGGUGCCUCCAUGGCUGCAAUGGUCAACAAGUUUGCGGACGACGAGGAAGCUGAACCCGCAGAGGAGUCCAGCUUCGAUGAGCCCUCCAAGUCAGUCGAGCGCGCUACCCGCUCAGAAACCGCCUCACCCAGCGUUAAGGACAGCCCAUUCCUGCAAAAGGAAGACCCCAUCAAAACCUCCUCCCCAGUCUCGGCCUCCCCCGCCCCCGCCGAGCGCUCCCAGUCUCCCGCUCAAAGUCCCUUCAGCGCUCAACCAGCCUCGCCCCUCGCAAGCACCACCGGCUCCAUUGCCGCCGGCGCCAGCCCCGUCCCCGCUGACGCCGUCCAGCGCGAAAUCGGCGCCAUUAAAGACCUCCUCGCCGAACAAACAAAGACCAUCGCUUCCCAGGCCCUGCAGGUCCAGAACCUCACUGCCGAAAUUGAGUCUCUUAAGGCUAAGCUGGGCUAG